GAAUCUUCCUGCACGUGUUGGCAGACACACUGGGAAGUGUGGGGGUGGUGAUAUCGACCCUGCUUAUCAAGUACAAGGGCUGGAUGCUCACAGACCCGGCGUGUUCCAUAUUCAUAUCAGCGCUCAUCAUCAGCACUGUCAUCCCUCUGCUGCAAAACUCUGCUGAAAUUAUUCUUCAAAGAGUGCCCCGGGCAGCAGAGCACCAGAUCUCAGCUGCCCUGAAGAAGAUUGAGUCAAUGGCAGGGGUGGUGGCGGUGCGGCAGUGGCACUUCUGGUCCUUCACUCCUAAGAUGCUCGUGGGCUCAAUCCACGUGCUCAUAUCUCCAGAUAGCCUCAAAGAUAGAGCGAACGAGGGAGGUGUAGCAGCACAUAACGGAGAUGCUUAUAGCGAGUACGGGGACAAGCAGCGGCGGCUGGAGGCGGUUCAGCAGCUGCGGCAGUCGUUGAGGCGGCGCGUCUCGGAUGUAUUCCGAGCGGUUGGGAUCACACACGUGACGGUGGAG